AUUUUUGUAAAAGCAGAGGUGAUAUUACAGGCGGGAGAUAUGGUUUCGGGAGUGAGGUUAGGAGGUAUUCUAUGGAGUUAAAUUUUCGUAAAUAGACAAACAGUAUGACUGAUAUUGUGAAUUUUACUUUUCAUUCCGCCUUCAUAAAAAGGCAAUUUCGUUCUAGAACAUUAUUAAGAUAUUUACGGCCUUUAUUGUGAAAUAAAAUGUCAUGCAAAGUAGACCCCACACAUGUAAAUAGUGAACAGACAUUUACUUUGAAACGAAGAAUUAAUUACUUGGAGUCGUGUCACUGUGGAUCGUUUCAUGAGUCACUUCCAGUUUAUUCCGUUAAAAACACCAAGCGCUGGAUGUGACGGAAUCACCAUUAUUAAAAGUGACCAUAAAGAGUUGUUCGCCUUGUGGCAGGGGAAGGAGUUGGUGUUGUAUGAUGUCAGUGCGAUUGAUAGUAAGGACACUACCGCAGAAGUACUAACUUUAAAGAGUGACAUUGUAAAUGUGUUUCAACUGCAUGGCAGUGUGUGCUGUCUAGGGAGUGAUGCCUCAUUAUACAAGCUGUGCAAGACACACGGAUCCAGCAGUCAGAAAAGCUAUGAAAGAGGAGAUGAAGAUUUGUUUGAAUCAGGAGACUCUGCUGAUGAAGAUGUCAGAGUAUCACAAUUUUAUUUUGAUCCCAUCCUUGCCCUAAAUAAUGUAGCGAAUAUCUCCCCUCUAAGUGAAGGAUUUGUUGUGGUACGAGAGACUUUCGGCAAGUUCUUCAUUGAAGUGUUCAGUGUCGCAAAAUGUUUCACAAAGACAGAGAGACUUCAUUCAAAGGAAAUAUCUUAUAUACCUCCAAAGAUUCUGAAAAAAAAUGAAUGCAUACUGGCGGCAGUGAAGCAGAAAAGAAUGGCUCGCGAUUUGAUGGGUAUUCUUAUUGGGGACAUGGCAAUACUAGAUAUAGAAAUUAUUUUUAUUGCUUUUAAAAGUGGACAAGUCUUUUAUGUCCCAAACACCAAGACAUCUCAGCUUCCAAAACUGCUAUACUCUUCAGUUCAUCCAGUUAUAGAUGUAAUGUUUCUGCAAGGUGGUACGCACAUGAAAUUGGUCAUAGCUCUGGAACCAGGCCUUCUUGUAGAAGUACGAAGCAAUGAGAAACACAUGGGGCAGCUAGAAUAUGUUACUUCCUGUCUCCCUGGCACUAUUCGUGUAUCGUGUGGUGUUGGCAGUCAUGUUUUGGCUGGAGAUGGGAGUCAUCUAUGGUGUUGGCAACCAGAAGCUUGCAAAACAUCAUAUAAUGAUAGUCGUGGUGCUGGCAGUGGCCCUCAAAUCAGAGAACUUGCAGUGAGAGGAGUGACUCACGUAUGCUGCCUCCACACCAGUGGUGAUGCUCUUGUCAUAACUAUUCAUGGCACCAUUUACAAACUUUUCCCAAAUGUUAUAAACGAAAGUAUUCAGUCAGAUAAUGGCUCUGGUUUACAAACAGAUUCAUCGUUCUUCUUGAAGCACCAGCUACAGUUACUAGAGGAAGCAGAGAAAAAAAUUUUGUGUGAAGAUGAACUGAUUGCGGCAGUUGGCCUGACAAUGCGCUCUGAACUCCUCAAAAACUGCUUCACAAUGAAUGUUAAUGUCUGGGAUGUCACAGCAAAAAAUGCUUUUGUAUUUUUGCAGGAGAUGAAAACAAAUCUACACAACCUUGAACAUGGUGUAAAGUACAUCCUUGACAUCUGCUUGAAAAACUCCUCAGACAGGGAAUUCUCUUCCUUGAUAUGGUACUUACUUAUAGUUAUUAAAUCUGAAAAUGAGACAGUUAACAAAGUCAUUCACUUUACAGAUGUGUUCAAAAAAGGAUGUGAUAUAAAUACAGUGAUUUGUAGUGAUAUUGAGAAUCCAGUGCAUCAGAUUACAGUUACAAGUACACUUGUUUGUAAAAUGCCCCCUGCAUAUUCAUCAGAAGAUGCUGUACUCCCAUCAUUGUUUCUGCCUGUUGACAGUAUUGUAUUAAAUGUUGGAUAUUUCCUCACUCCAGUGUUGUCUCUAAGUGAAGGAAUUCAAAAUAUUGCCUCAUUGUCAUCCGGCAGUCUCUACAAGAAUGUAUUACCAAAGAUUAAGGGAAAUUAUAUAGAAUGCUCACAGAAUUGUGAGGUACCUCCAAUUGAAAAAGAAUACAUAUGUAAAAUCAAACUACCAACUGGCAUCAGUGGAGACCUCUUAUGGCAGAGCAUUUUUAAAAGGAGUUGGCACAGAUGUAAUGCUGAUGUCCAUGCAUGGUUCCAGACCAGCAAGGACAGACUUCGUGUGGAUCAGAUGGUUUGGGUCAGAGUGGGGCAGAAUUUAUGUAAGCUCGUUGUUAAUGCAGGCAUCACUGCUGUAGAACUACACUCUAAAGAUCCUCUGACUCUCCAUGCCUUCAAACAGUUUAUAACUGAAGAGAUGCUCACUGCUGGCAGACAUUCUCGGGAGGUGAAGAUUCCAAUAUCAGUUGUAGAUGUUGCACAGAGCAUCAGGAUGAAUCUGGACAUUGAAAGAGCUCAGCCAACAGCAGACAACUUAGAAGUACUCAGAAAACAAUGGAGAACCUCUGUCACAGAAAAAUUACCAUCUUAGCCAAUUAUCCAGAAGUGCUACAAUAGACAACGUAAUUAAAAUUAGUUUGUUAACUGUGAAUCUAAGAUAUUAAACAGUGAGUUACGUUCAAA